UUUAAAUGUGGUGGCGACAAGCGUGUAGAAUCAGAAGGGUUGCAAGCUGUCGAAGGAGACAUGAAGUUAAUGCUGGCUCUGAGUGUUUGUUCUGGACUCAUACUCCAUCUCACCGACUCAGGUAUGUUAUUUUAAUUUUUAUUUUUUUAUACAUACAUUGCCAUUAGCCGACAUUACAACAUAAAGAAAUCUAAAUCAAUUAUUAAUUAUACAGCAUUACAAUUAUACAGCAUUUGUGUUGAAGUUUGCAAUGUCAGUGGGGAAUGGCUAGCAUACAAAUAUAAACCAAAACAACUCUACAAACAUUGUUUCUUGAAGUUCAGAUCAAAUGAGAUCAGGUGCGCAUGGAACUACAAUGUGCUACACAUAAAGAAAUAAUUCAAAAUUAUAACAAAUAAACACACAGUGAGCUUUUCAUCAAAUUCAGAAUUUAAAGUGAAUUUCAAAUGUAAUGACACUGUAGUAAAACUGAAGGCAAGUUUCAAAAUAGUUGAUCUGGAAUAAUAAGAGUCAGUUAUCGCUUUCAUUGUGGCCUUACAUUUGAAAUUCACUUUAAAUUCUCACUUUAGCAAAUAAUCCGUACUUUACAGGGUUGUUCACUAAUGAGAGAAUUGUUUGAAAUUUAAAUUGAAUUUAAAAUGAAUUUCUCAAAAUUUGCAAAUUAGCCAAAGUGGAAAUAUUUUUUUUCACUUUUGCUACGAUGGCCUUAAAUUUGGAAUUAACUUUGAAGUCCCUACAUUUCUCACUUUAGACAAUAAACUUGUUAAUUUUGGGUAACUGAAAACUGAAUUGCAAAAUGAAUGUCAAAAUACCAAUACUGUGACUUGUUGAAGAUUUUUUCAAAAUCCAUCAUAGCCUAAAUUUUUCACUUAUGUCCGUUUUAGUGAAAAAAUCUUAAUAGUGUCAUCUCUAAAACAUCAUCACAGAUUUGCCUAGUUGGAAAUGUAACCUGUCAUUACUGAGUGAUUGCAGUGUCAGGUUUUAUAUAAAUCUGGGUACAUUAAAGCACAAAAGCAUUUCAAAGCAUUUUAUCAAAAAAUAUUACUACAUUUCAUUAGAGCAAAAGACCCUCCACCCCCUCUUUGUCUAUAUUAAAACAUGUACCCACCCCAAACAAAUAGAUACACUGGAGAAACAAAUUUAGCUUUUAACACCCAUACCUAUGGUAUCUGGUUGUGACAGACAAUAAUCCAGUUUAUAAUUUAUAUAUUUUUUAAAUUAAACUCACUAGUCUGCAAUUACAAGACCCUCCCUAACCAAAAAAAGAAUGCCUCUCCUUCCCUGGGAGCAUCAUUGAGAGUCUAUGAGUGCUGUGUUUACAUUUUAAAGGACCACUAUAGGCACCCAGACCACUUCAGCUUAAUGAAGUGGUCUGGGUGCCUGGUCCAGCUAGGAUUAACCCUUUUUUCUGUAAACAUAGCAGUUUCCGAGAAACUGCUAUGUUUACCUAUGGGUUAAUCCAGCCUCUAGUUGUUGUCUCAUUGACAGCCGCUAGAGGCGCUUCCGCGCUUCUCACUGUGAUUUUGUCGCUGAGCCUUUUUCUCACCGAGCCUAUGGACUGGCUGAAUGCGCGCGCGGCUCUUGACGCGCUUGCGCAUUCAGCAGGUGACGGAAGAAGAGGGAGGAGAAGAGGAGGCGAGCUCCCCGCCCGGCGCUGGAGAAAGAGGUAAGUUUAACCCCUUCAACCCCCUAGAGCCCGGCGGGAGGAGGACCCUGAGAGUGGGGGCACCCUCAGGGCACUAAAGUGGUCCUUUAAAGCAGAACUUGCCAAGACUUUUAUAUUUACUUAUCCCUAUAGUUAACAAAUAUGUAUUUGUGAGGGGUGUGAAAAUAAAAUUACAUUUAGAAAUCCACACCUUCUUAUCCUACAACUGGGUGCUUUCAUCUUAGCUCCCUGUCAGUCAUUGUUAUAAGUUCUGUCCUUUCCACCUGGCAGUCAUCAUAGGGAACACAUGUAGAGGAGAGGAGAAAUGAAACAAUGUUUUUAUUUAUCCUCUUCAUUUGCAAUGUUUGCCCAGGCUGUGCCUUGUCUGAACUGGGUUAGUCAUUUGCUAAAUCUUGAACAAAAAGGUUCACUACAAGCUAUAGGUGAUUAUUCAAUGCUGUAAAUUCCAGGUUAGAGACCGUACCACUUUAAAAACAAUAUCCUAAUUGUAACCCUUAACAGUCCUUUCAAAAUCUGUGCUCUAAUAAUUCUAUUACGAAGUAGACUUUUUUUUGUUUUCUUUUUUCUGCAUUGACAUUUAUAUAUUACUCUGUUUUUUGAAUUAUAUUACACUGUUUAUACAAACAAUAUGCAGUUUAUUGAAUAUUGUGAACUUUAGUGUUAAUGUUUAUCUGCACAUCAAGUAUGGCAGUAAAAUAGUGAACUAAAUGCACAUUUUAGCUUAUUCAUGGCAGCAUCACAAUAAGGCAAUACCCACGCUAAACAACUGAUGGGAUGAAAUAAAACAAGCAAACACAAAUAUUUGCAAAAUUAGAAAGGGAAGAAAAUAUCGCUGCUGUAGAAUUUAUUGGUACUUUUCUAAAUGGACACUAGUCAGGCAGUGAUGGGCAUCCAGGCUCAAUGAAGAUGCCUGAAAUACAUGAAAUGAAUGUAAGAUUAAAUGUGUGCGUGUGUGUGUGUGUGUGUGUGUGUGUGUGCGCAUGUGUCUGCAUGGGUCAGUGUGUGUGUGUGUGUGUGCGCACAUGUGUCUGCAUGGGUCAGUGUGUGUGUGUGUGCAUGUGUCAGUGUGUGUGUGUCUGCAUGUGUCAGUGUGUGUGUGUGUGCGCGCACAAUGGGUCAGUGUGUGUGUCAGUUUUCCUGGGUCACAGUGUGUGUGUUUGUCUGCAUGGGUCAGUGUGGGCGUCAGUCUGCAUGGAUUGGGUCAGUGUGGGCGGCAGUCUGCAUGUUGCCAAUAUUUUUUAAUUACAUAUCCAACUUCAAAAGCCUUUGGACUGUAUUGUGUACAGUACAUAUGGAAAUUCAUAUAUAUUUGUUAACUAAUGUUAUUUUCAUUUUUUUAUUUAACAACAACAUGCCUCUUUCAAUAUUUCAUACUCUGACUUUAACAAUUAUUCACCGUAACCUCUCAUUAAAAAUUUCCUUUUUUUUAAAAAAAAUCUGCUUAUUUAAAACAUUGGUUCUUCUCUGUACAAUUCCUGCAUAACCUGUUAAACUGGCUUUUGGGGACACUGAAUAGCCAUUUUGCUAUCCAGUGUCAGCCGGCGCUAGCCAUUUAGAUGAAGAAUGCCAUAGUUUUAAUCUCAGUAUUUUUAAAGUAUACUCCAUUUUCUUUUUAUCCAUUUGAGAUUAGAAUUUUGAUGACAGGGAAUUAUUACUGACAUACUUUACAAAGUCUUGUAAAGUUUAAUUUGAUCAACUCCAGAUUACCAAAUUGUAAUCUAUUUAACACCUGAAGAGCAAGCACCAUGUCUGCACUGAAUGGAUUGUUGUUUCAAACACUUGACCUCUCCAAACAGUACAUAAAGAUUUCUGCAUAGAUAUGUGCAAAUUUGGUACCCAUAGCAUUUCCAUUGAACUGUAAGAAAAAGUCUCUAUUGAAGCAAAAAAAGUUAUGUCAGAAUAAAUCUAAUGGAACUCAUUAAAAAUUCCUGAAAAGAGGUAUCUAAAUCUUUAUCCCUCUCUAUAUUCUUUUUGUUUUUUCUUCAAUAUUUUAUUGAGUUUUCAUAACAGGUAUAAGAACACAAGUGGAAAAACUCCUAUUAGGUUAGGACAAAGAGUCGUGUUUGUAACAAGUCACGUCAACAAUACACAUGUAGGUUGUACAGCAUUACAUUGUCGCUAGGAAGUAGCUGGUUAUGUUUGUACAUAUAACAUUGGUCAGUGACUCCAUGCACAAUCUUAGCUUUCCAAGGCAACUGUCACAUUUGUAGUUUGAUGUGGCUAGAGCUGGACUUACACUUUAAGGAAAGGGGGAAUAGGGUACAGAAGAAAAAAUGGGAGGGGGAAGGAGGUCACCAUUAAGUAUAUAUUGGUUGAUUGAUUGGUUGUCCCCACAGCUGUGACUUCCACCAGACAGGCAGGGAAGACAGUCAAGUCACCAAAUUAGUGUGCAGUACUGAGAAUUAGUGUGCCCCAGAGAAAAGACACACAGUCUUCGGUCCAAAUAAUACACAUGGGUGUAGCUCUUCCCAAGCCCAUUAUUAUUAUUAUUAUUGCCUUUUAUAUAGCGCCAACAGAUUCCGUAGCGCUUUACAAUAUUAUGAGAGGGGGGAUGCGCAACACUUACUUAAAUGUGCCCAUGUGGGCAAAGUAGUCUACCCAUGGUUGCCAUGCGGUUUGGAAGGACUUGUAUGUUGUGGGAGAAUAUAUAGCCAUAUGUUCAUAUGUGUAAAAUAAGUCUACUUUUUGAGUUUGAGGGGCAUGUCAUUAGCUUCCAAUUGAGAGCAAUCAAGUGUCUGGCUGUCAAUAUAAUUAAAGAUCCUAUUUGCUUGGAAUGUUUGGGUAGUUUUUGAUUACUGUUUCUAGUAUGGAGGCUUUGUAGUAGGUAGCUAUGCCCACUCCACUCUGUUUUGGAUGCCUCUGUAAAAGGGAAAGGGGUAGAUGUGGCCUAUCAGAGUUCCAAAUGUAUGUACUAAUAAUUGAGGUGCAGGGAUUUGGAGCGGCAGCAUCUUAAAAACGUAAAGUAAUUUAGGAAUAAUCAUCUUGGUACUGUUGGUCCCUCCUAACCAUGAAAAUUUGACUGCUUUCCACUUCGAGAAAGUUGUGGUGCACAACUAUGGCAAUGUUUUAUAGUUUAACUUGUAAAUACUUUGUAGUGAGGGCCCAAUUUUGACCCCUAAAAAGGUGAGGUUAGAUGUUCUCCAAUCAAACUUAUAUGAUUGCUUGAGGUGUUCUUCUACAUUGACUGGUAAGCAUAUUGACAGAGCUUGAGUUUUGGAGUGAUUUAGUUUAUAAUAGGAAAGAGCUAUAUUCUUUUAACAGCUAGAGUAGGGCAGGCAUCGAGGUGAUCGGGUCCUCUAGGGACAGUAAUAUGUCAUCUGCGAACAUUGACAAACAUAAUUCUCCGUUACCAACCCUCACUCCCUUAAGGUCAGGGUGGCGCAUAAUUUUGAGGGCCAGUGGUUCCAGAGAUAGGAUGAACAAUAGGGGGCACAGGGAGCAGCCCUGUCUAGAGCCAUUUGUGAUUUAAAAUGGAGUAGACAGAAGCCCCACAUUAGAUACUCUAGCUUUUGGUUGGUGGUAGAGAGCCAGCAUAUCCAAAACGAAUGCAGGGAAGAACAUACCUCCCUCCCCUUCCACUCGAAAGCUUCUAUCCUCUCUUGGAGCGUUAGGUAGAACACAAAAUAAAAAACAAGAAGGGGGAGAGUGGAGGGCAAAGCUCUAUUCCCAUUAGAGGGAAUAGUAUGCUCUCUCCUCAUAUCCCACACACAAGUGUCAGUUUAAAUGUAUAAUAGCAAUAAGUGAUAUACUGAUGAGAGAUGAGACACAUAGUCCACCCAUGACAUCCAUAUCUGUAAGCAUUGCUCGAAAUUACCUCUCAGCACCGCAGUCAGGGACUCCAUGGAAUAGAUUUCCUCCACCUUUGCCAUCCGUUGCUAAAUGGUGGGAGCCCACGACUACAUCCAUAUGGCUGGAAUAAAGGACUUUGCUGCAUUUAGAAAGAUUUUGCUCAGCGAUUUCUUGUAUAAUGACAGUGGAGAUGUGGUAUGAGUCAGUAUCAUCGCCAAGGGUUGUGUUGAAAAGUUGGUAAUAACAGAGUUUUUGGAACUCCUGCAAUAGCUAUUAAAGUUUAAGCACAGCACAGCAUCUCUCACGAUACAGUAGAUGAUGGUUUAAUAAAACCCUUCCUGAAAAACUAUAACAACAAAUGAUUGCUAAAUCUAUACAUAACUGACAGUUAUUUGCUCAAGUGAUAAUUGUCAUGAAUUUCAAAUGGAAUUUCAUCUUUAAGGCCAAAAUAGUUUUACUGGAAGCAUAGCUGAUAUGGAGAAUUUGUUUCAGCUUUUUUUGGCUUCUCAUUUGGAGUUCACAUUGAAUUCCUGAUAAUUGUGUAGUUGUAAUCAUAAUGUCAUGUGCAAGCUCUUGCACCUAUCUUUAUAUACUGUAAAAGCCAAGUAGAUGCUCUGUCUAGUAUCACACAAAGCAAUUUAAAGCAUUGUAUCACACAAUUAACUUUUGUUGCUUCUCCAUCAGCUCUAAUGAGAAAGGCCGAGGCUUCGGAUUUCUUGGCUAUACUUCGAAAAAGACAUGAGGAUGAUGGACCCUGUGUAACUGGAAGGUGCAAUCUUGAGGAUAAUAGUGAUGCAUUGGAUGAGCGGGAUCUAAGGGUAAGUAACAAUUUGGGCAAUUUCCAAUGUUGCUGAACAAACAAAUUAUGGGAAUGUUAUUAGUUGCAGUCUACUGCAUUUCAUACCUCACAAUCUGGCAUCCUAAGAAGUGGUAGAAAAAUAAAGGGGGUGGAUCGGUGAUGCAAUUGCACCACUGACUCCACUUACAGGGGUGGAAAAGUCCACCCAAAUUACUGGCAGAUCAGCCUGGCAUGAAUGCGCGUCCAGCUGCCUCCCAGUCAUCUAUGGCCAGCACACUUAAAGGAGAACCUGCUGGUUUCAGUGCUCUCUUGCAAGGUUCUAGUGCCCUAAACAACGCACGAGUAUGUCAAAUGAUGCUCUCAAGCUAUGCUUGUUGGGGAUAGUUCCCAGGCGUCCCCAAAAGGGGGACGGAAGGCCUGGCAUUUAGAAUGUUCUAGGUGUAGCAUCCCUGCGAGAUUGUGGGAGCUAUUACUGACAGUCAUAUAGUGUCAACAUAUUUGGGUGCACUUUUAUUGCUGAUACAUAACAGAAAAUAAAACAAAUUAUUACAAAUGUUAACAGGAGCAAGAAGUUUAAGGGACACUCUAAGCAUCAUUACUAUUACAGCUUGCUGUAGGUGUGCUUUAGCAGUACUGGUGUGAACAGGGGACAGGAAAAAGGUCACUGGCAGAGCAUAGUGACAGAGAAAGGGUGUGCCUAUGCAUUAGUGAAGACAAGUAAACAAUUCUGAGAGAAUUACUGAAGACGUAAGUACCUAAGAUACUUUUCUCUCCCUACCCCUAUAAUUAUACAUUUUUAGUGUGUUGGUCUUUUCAAUCCCCUCCACUCACUGCCUUUUAGGCUUGGCAGAAGAUGAAGCUCUUCUACCAAGGUCCCACAAGACCUUCUUCUACAACGAGGUACAGAUAGGAGGAAGUAGUAUGUGCAACUUCAUCCAGCCUGAUGAGGGUCCACCCAAAUUAAUGACAGGUCAGCCUGGUGUGAAUGUACUCCAAGCUGCUUGCCCACUGAGGGCAGACCAUGCUGGGAGCACUGUUUGAGGGUCAUAGUGAGAGACUGUCUAAUGAUUCAAAAAACUGGGACUGUCAUAGCGCAGUUAAGACAUUCUGAGGUAUGCCACUAUAUAUUAGAAGAUUUUGUACUAUUUAUAUAAUUUAUAGUAAUAUUGUUGAAUAUUAUUCCUGAAAUGUCUCUCAAGGACUGUCAGAGCAUGUCUAUCAUACUUUGCAAAGAGACGUGUGUAAGGAGAUAUUGAUCCAAGGAGAUAGCUGACUGCCAUUUUGGGGUCAAGAAGGAAUUUUUUCCUAGUUUGUUGUGAAAUUGGAAGCGCUUCAUACUGGAUUUUUUUGCCUUCUUUUGGAUCAACAGCAAAAACAUGUGAGGAAGGCUGAACUUGAUGGACGCAAGUCUCUUUUCAGCUAUGUAACUAUGUGAAUAUUUGUUUUGAAAAUUCACUAUCCUGUUUCAAUCAUUAUGUAUUUGUUUCUUUUAACAUUAGGUUCGCUCAAGUAAAAGACUGGAAUCAGCUUCCUCUGAAUCAGCUAUGAUGCCCCAGGUAUAAACGUCACAGUAACAAAUAUCACAAGACCUAUUUACAUGCAUUUUUCAGGACUGGAACAAUUAUUGUACAUAGUACAUCAUAAUGUUCGAAGGGUUGAGAGGAAUCUUUCAUCAUUUCAAUUAAAAUAGAAAAAUAAAUAAAAAGUAUGCAGUGCAAGCUGAUCCAUCCGAAGAAUCCACAAAACUAAAUAUUUGCGAAGGUUCUUUGAAAUUAAUGAGAGAACUUAUUUUUUCCUUCUACUUAAUCUACUGCAGAGCAGUUCCUUUCCAUGUGCAUAAUAAGAAAGUAAAUAUAAAUACCUAGGGUCUCCAUGAAGUAAAAGGUAUUACAGAUAUGGACCCUUGCUCACUUUGCCUAUAGGGGUAUCUUUCACACCUAAUUGAUGACUGCUAAUGGAGGCUGAAAUGAUUGUGUGGAGUUGCUGUAUCUCUAAUGCUGAGGGAACGUGCCUCCAUUUCGUGUCUAGGCUUGCGGCAUUACUCAGAUACAAAUUCUAUAGAUCCCUUAUCUAGAGAACUAACAAUAAGCAGGUUCCACUAACAAGCCAGCUAAUUCAGUUAAUUCAAAAUAAUUUUUACUGAAGUGAGAAUUCAAAGUUAAUUUCACAUUUAAAGCCUGUAGCCGAAUUGAAAGCAUAGCUGAUUUUAUCCCAAUUCACAUUGAAUUCUCCCUUUAGUGAAUAACUCUGACAGUGUUCCAUUGCUCCCUAUUUGCCGUUAGGAGAAAGAAAGAAAAGCAAGGGUGUAGAGGUUAAGGGGUACAAGGCAACAUAGGGAAUGUAUUUUCUGUGGAGGGUUCUAUGCUGGUAUAUAUAUAUAUAUAUAUAUAUAUAUAUGUAAAGGCUUUGCUUGGAGUUGUGGUUGGGGCUUUUUGACCUAUAUAAGGGACUCUCCUCUUUGUUACCCUGCCGUAAUUAAUCUGGCAAUCUUUAUGCCCCUCCCCCCUCCACUCCCUUUAUUCACUUAUAUUCUACUAGAGUGGACCCACUUUAUUUACUGGCCUACCGCAAACGUCGGCUUCGGCACACAGUCUUGCAUUAAUCAUAUCGAUGUUGCCCUAAACACAAAUAUACACUGCUCAAAAAAAUAAAGGGAAUACAAAAAUAACACAUCCUAGAUCUGAAUGAAUUAAAAAUUAUUCUGAAAUACUUUGUUCUUUACAUAGUUGAAUGUGCUGACAACAAAAUUACACAAAAAUAAAAAAAUGGAAAUCCAAUUUUUCAACCCAUGGAGGUCUGGAUUUGGAGUCACACUCAAAAUUAAAGUGGAAAAACACACUAUAUGCUGAUCCAACUUUGAUGUAAUGUCCUUAAAACAAGUCAAAAUGAGGCUCAGUAGUGUGUGUGGCUUCCACGUGCCUGUAUGACCUCCCUACAACGCCUGUGCAUUCUCUUGAUGAGGUGGCGGAUGGUCUCCUGAGGGAUCUCCCCCAGACCUGGACUAAAGCAUCCGCCAACUCCUGAACAGUCUGUGGUGCAAUGGUGGAUGGAGCGAGACAUGAUGUCCCAGAUGUACUCAAUUGGAUUCAGGUCUGGGGAACGGGCGGGCCAUUCCAUAGCAUCAAUGCCUUAGUCUUGCAGGAACUGCUGACACACUCCAGGCACAUGAGGUCUAGCAUUGUCCUGCAUUAGGAGAAACCCAGGGCCAACCGCACCAGCAUAUGGUCUCACAAGGGGUCUGAGGAUCUCAUCUCGGUACCUAAUGGCAGUCAGGCUACCUCUGGCGAGCACAUGGAGGGCUGUGCGGCCCCCCCAAAGAAAUGCCACCCCACACCAUUACUGACCCACUGCCAAACCGGCCAUGCUGGAGGAUGUUGCAGACAGCAGAACGUUCUCCACGGCGUCUCCAGACUCUGUCACAUCUGUCACAUGUGCUCAGUGUGAACCUGCUUUCAUCUGUGAAGAGAACAGGGCACCAGUGGCGAAUUUGCCAAUCUUGGUGUUCUCUGGCAAAUGCCAAACGUCCUGCACUUGUGGACGUCGUGCCCUCACACCACCUUUAUGGAGUCUGUUUCUGACCGUUUGAGCAGACACAUGUACAUUUGUGGCCUGCUGGAGGUCAUUUUGCAGGGCUCUGGAAGUGCUCCUCCUGUUCCUCCUUGCACAAAGGCGGAGGUAGCGGUCCUGCUGCUGGGUUGUUGCCCUCCUACGGCCUCCUCCACGUCUCCUGAUGUACUGGCCUGUCUCCUGGUAGCGUCUCCAUGCUCUGGACCCUAUGCUGACAGACACAGCAAACCUUGUUGCCACAGCUCGCAUUGAUGUGCCAUCCUGGAUGAGCUGCACUACCUGAGCUCAUCUUGUGUGGGUUGUAGACUCCUUCUCAUGCUACCACUAGAGUGAAAGCACCGUCAGCAUUCAAAAGUGACCAAAACAUCAGCCAGGAAGCAUAGGAACUGAGAAGUGGUCUGUGGUCACCACCUGCAGAACCACUCCUUUAUUGGGGGUGUCUUGCUAAUUGCCUAUAAUUUCCACCUGUUGUCUAUCCCAUUUGCACAACAGCAUGUGAAAUUGAUUGUCACUCAGUGUUGCUUCCUAAGUGGACAGUUUGAUUUCACAGAAGUGUGAUUGACUUGGAGUUACAUUGUGUUGUUUAAGUGCUCCCUUUAUUUUUUUGAGCAGUGUGUGUGUAUAUAUUAUUUUGUAUAUAGGGUAAGUAUUGUAAUUGCAAUUGGAUAUUGGCUAAAAAUAGCAGACAGCAGUAUUAAAAAAUAUAUGUAAUAAUUGUGGUAGAAGAGGUGCUAUUGUUGUUAAUUGAAGAAACGUGACUAAGAUCUGGAAGAAACAGUAAAUCCAUUUUUCCUGUCAUACAGACAUGGCACUCUACACUUAUAAUUUACAUAAAAUGCCAGCGGUAAUACUGAUCUAUCCGGUAUGAUGACAUUUAUUUUAUACUGCCAAAGUCUAGUUACCAGUGGGGUACCUCAGGGAUCUGUACUUGGACCCAUCCUCUUGAAUAUUUUAAUUAGUGAUAUUGCAGAAGGUCUUGAUGGUAAGGUAUGUCUUACUAAAAUUUGCAACAGGGUUGAUGUUCCUGGAGUUAUAAGACAAAUGAUUUAGGUAAAUUAGAAAAAUGGUCAGAGCUGUGGGAACUGACAUUUAAUGUGGAUAAGUGCAAGGUAAUGCAUCUUGGACGUAAAUACCCGAGGGCAGAGUACAGAAUAUUUGAUACCCUACUAACCUCAACAUCUGAGGAAAGGGAUUUACGAGUGAUUUCAGAUGACUUAAAGAUAGGCAGGCAAUGUAAUAGAGCAGCAGGAAAUGCUAGCAGAAUGCUUGGUUGUAUAGGGAGAAGUAUUAGCUGGUUUUACUGCUCAAUUCACUGUUAUUUAGGAGUUAAAUCACUUUGUUUCUUUUUAUGCAGCCCUUGCCAUACCUGCCCUGGCUAUGACUGACAGCCUGCAUGAAAAAACUGUUUUAAUCACUUUCAAUCAGAUGUUUUUUACCAUUAAAAUUUUUAUCUCUUGCUCUGUAAAUUGAACUUUAAUCACAUACAGGAGGCUCUUGCAUGGCCCUGCAAGCUAUUAACAUAGCAGGGGAUAAGAAAAUCUAAAUUAAACAGAACUUGCAAUACAGAAAGGAUAAACUUUAGAGGAUUCUUUAUAGGAAGUGUUUAGGAAGGCUGUGCAAGUCACAUGCAGGGAGGUGUGAUUAGGGUUCAUAAACAAAGUAAUUUAACUCCUAAAUGGCAGAUAAUUGCGCAGUGAGCCUGCAGGGGCAUGUUCUAUACACCAAAACUGCUUCAUUAAGCUAAAGUUGUUUUGGUGACUAAAGUGUCCCUUUAAAUACAUAAAUAGAAUAAACACAGUAAAGGAUAAGACUUUAUUUAAAACAAGAAAAACUACCACAAGAGGACAUAGUCUUAAAUUAGAGGGGCAAAGUUUAAAAAUAAUUUCAGGAAGUAUUACUUUACAGAGAGGGUAGUGGACGCAUGGAAUAGCCUUCAAGCUGAAGUGGUAGAGGUUACCACAGUGAGGGAGUUUAAGAAUGCAUGGGAUAGGCAUAAGGCUAUCCUAGCUAUAAGAUGAGGCCUGGGACUAAUUAAAAGUAUUUUGAAAAUUGGUCAAACUAAAUGGGCGUAAUGUCCAUCGUACCAUCUUAGGUUGCAUGUACAAAAAACUACCAGUCUACCUAGCUAGGACUGCAUUUGAAAUUCCUACCUUUGCACAGGGAUUGUUCUCAUAACCACAUUAAUAAAGAUUUGCUCCUUUCUUAAAAAAAAUCAGGUGGAAAAAAACUCCGAUAUUGGUCUCACAUUUGACAAACUUGUAUCGGCUGACAUUUCUCACAUUUUAUAUUCACCACUAACCAAUGUUUUGUUAAAUUUCAUUUUGUACAUGAACGUAGACAGGUUAUAACAUGGCUUAAAGCAGGUGAACAUCUGCUUAUCAAACAACUCAUUCUAAUAUCACAUAAGUAAAAACAAAAAAAAAAUAGGAAUUGGUUCCUUCUUUCCUGUUAUAACUCUGUGGAUUCUGGAAUUGGGCUGUCCACUAGAUGCAGGGGAAACUUCUGUGAAGACUUGCUUCCAUGUGAUAUUGAGCAAUUAUGCUAUGUUUGUAUUUGUGGUUUAACUGACCUAAAGAUGUCUGAGCUCAAGAUGUGGUACAAGCCAGUUGAGUUUUAUACAUUUUGUAAUGUAAAAUUUGCAUAUACGUUUUACCCAUUUACACUGCUGUGGGCUUGGGUGUAAUGGAUGUAGGAUUAGUUGGUGUCAAUAUGCAGUUAACACUCUACUGUAUCUGAAGCAGAAAUAUAAUGCUACCAAGAGGUGUAUCUAUGUUACUUGGCUCCUGGUGCCGAAAUGCAUUUUCCCCCCAACUGUAAUUUGUUUGUGUGUAUUUCUCACUAUGUACCCCCAACACCCUUUUGUCAAUGAAACACACAUACAAUCAUAUACACAUUCACUACAUUUGAAUUCUCCGUUUGUUUUGUGCCAAAUCUGAAUUAACUCUUUAAUUUGUCAUAUUUUAGGAGAUUAUUUUUCCUCCAACACCGCCCGAUGAGACAACCAAGUAAUAGUGACGCCAUUUCGUGACAACUUCCACUGACUAUUACUUUGAAGUAGAAGGCGCAAUUAGUGCUAGUUCUAGCCAUGUCCCAUCUGUGCAAAAUUAAACAAAAGUAGAAUCUUUUUUUUUUUUUUUUUUUAAUAUUAGUUGUCAUGGUUAAUAAAAUAAUGGAAAAUACC